AUGGAGUCGAAACGCCUGCAAACAGCCAAGAAGUACAUCAGCCACUUCGAGACCCUAGAUACAGACACCCUGGCCUCGGUCCUGGCACCAGAUCACACCCACCAGUUCGCGCCAGCCUCCCUGGUCGUCCCGGGCCCGUUCACAAAGGAGCAAUUUCUGGCGCACAGUGCGGCCCUGCGCAAGAUCAUGACGGGGUUCCCGGUGUAUGCGAAAGAGUACGUCGAGAGCGAGAGCAGCAAUCAGGUCACGGUGUGGGCGACGAGCCGGGCGCACUUCAAGGAGGAGGUCCUGGCGGAUGAGCAGGGGGAUGAGGAAGAAAGGAGAAAGAAGUGGGAGUUUGAGGGCGAGUAUGUGUUCAUGUUCUGGAUGGACGAGACAGGUGAGAAGGUUGUGAGGACGGUCGAGUUCCUAGACAGCAACUUGACCGAGAAUAAGCUGCGGCCGCUGCUGAAGAGGGCGAAUGAGAAGGUGCAAAGUCGGAACUGGUUCUAA